AUGGCAGAAGCCAAAGAUUCCCAGCAGCAGGAACAUCAGAGUUCACGCGUGAAGCUGGAAAAGAUGAGUAGAUUUAGCAUUUGGCCCCCGACACAGCAUACACGAGAAGCAGUCUUCAAACGCCCCGUCGAAACCAUAUCGACCCCUUCUGUACUCUCUAAGCGCUACGGAUCCAUGCCAGCAGAGGAGGCCUCCGCCGCCGCGCGACAAAUCGAAGAGGAACCCUUCUCUGCUGCUUCCACCACUGCCUCUCCCAAGACAUCCGAAGACGAUGGCAUUGAGAUUCUUCAGCUUUACUCCUAG